AAUUUGGAGCUGGACUUGGAAUGAAUUGUCUGCAAGCUACGAUCUGACAGCCUAACACAGCACUUUGGGCUUUCCUCCGCUCUCCAGACUCCUGUCUUGCAUCCUCAGUGAUGGCUUGGGGAUAAAAAUGAGUUUAAAACAAAACUUUCCUUAGCUGCUCCAGUGGCUGAGCGCAGCUCGGUUGCAUCCGAGCGAGCGCAGUGCCCUCUUCUCUCCCAGUUCUGCUCUGUACCCGUGAAAAAGGGGGCGGAGAGGAGAGAGAAGAGGAAGAGGCGGAGGUCAUUCGCGCGCCCCAUCCUGACCAGGCUUCGAGCGCAGCUAGGUGCAGAGGGAUCCUAGGAGCCGAGUGCGCCUGGCAGGUUCCGGGCUAAGGGAACGAGUGAGCGGAGCGGACCAGUGGCAGGAUCUCCGCGCUGCGCUUGGUGGAACUUAAGGCAGCGGCGGCGCAGGGCUCGGCUCGCAAUGGCACACCGGGCUAACUCUUCUGCUCCACAGAGAGCCUGGCUGGCGGCCUGGGAUGACAAGAUGUCUGGACUGCAAGCUUGCACAGUUUUGAGAGGGAGAUGACUUGAGUGGUUGGCUUUUAUCUCCACAACAAUGUCUAUGAACAAUUCCAAACAGCCAGUGUCUCCUGCAGCUGGGCUUCUUUCAAACACAACCUGCCAGACAGAAAACGGGCUUUCAGUAUUUUUUUCAGUAAUCUUCAUGACAGUGGGAAUCUUGUCAAACAGCCUUGCCAUUGCCAUUCUUGUGAAGGCAUAUCGGAGAUUUAGACAGAAGUCCAAGGCUUCGUUUCUGCUUUUGGCUAGUGGCCUGGUAAUUACGGAUUUCUUUGGCCAUCUCAUCAAUGGGACCAUAGCAGUAUUUGUGUAUGUUUCUGAUAAAGACUGGAUCCGCUUUGACCAAUCAAAUGUCCUUUGCAGUGUUUUUGGUAUCUGCAUGGUGUUCUCUGGUCUGUGCCCACUUCUUCUAGGCAGUGUGAUGGCCAUUGAGCGGUGUAUUGGAGUCACAAACCCAAUAUUUCAUUCUACGAAAAUUACAUCCAAACAUGUGAAAAUGAUGUUAAGUGGUGUGUGCUUGUUUGCUGUUUUCAUAGCUUUGCUGCCCAUCCUUGGACAUCGAGACUAUAAAAUUCAGGCAUCGAGGACCUGGUGUUUCUACAACACAGAAGACAUCAAAGACUGGGAAGACAGAUUUUAUCUUCUACUAUUUUCUUUUCUGGGGCUCUUAGCCCUUGGUGUUUCAUUGUUGUGCAAUGCAAUCACAGGAAUUACACUUUUAAGAGUUAAAUUUAAAAGUCAGCAGCACAGACAAGGCAGAUCUCAUCACUUGGAAAUGGUCAUCCAGCUCCUGGCGAUAAUGUGUGUCUCCUGUAUUUGUUGGAGUCCAUUUCUGGUGACAAUGGCCAACAUCGGAAUAAAUGGAAAUCAUUCUCUGGAAACCUGUGAAACAACGCUUUUUGCUCUCCGCAUGGCAACAUGGAAUCAAAUCUUAGAUCCUUGGGUAUACAUUCUUCUACGGAAGGCUGUCCUUAAGAAUCUCUACAAGCUUGCCAGUCGCUGCUGUGGGGUGCAUGUCAUCAGCUUACACAUUUGGGAGCUUAGCUCCAUUAAAAAUUCCUUAAAGGUUGCUGCUAUUUCUGAGUCACCAAUUACAGAGAAAUCAGUAAGCAUCUAGUUUAAUAGGACAGUAAGUCAGUGUACGGCUAGAACAAAAUUAAGAAAUGUUUGGCAAUAUUUCAGCUAGUUAAAUACCCGCAGCCUAACUGAAAAAUUCAGAACUCAUGAUACAGUUUGAAGAUACUUUUGCCAGAUUCAGGUUUUGAAAUUUGUCAAAUAAACAGUACAAUUGCACAUUUUUCACUGUUUUUUGCCAAUGGGAGGUAGACACAAUGAAAUGCUGCCAUGGGAAAGCAAUUUGAGCUUAUCUGUCUAAUUUAUGCUUUGAGUGAACCAUCUGUUGAGGUCUAAUGCCUUUACUUGGCCUGUUUGCCAGAGAACAUCUUAAUGCAUCUGCACAAUGAAAUGGUUCUUUUGAGAUUACCGCUCAUAGCUAUUCCUUAUAUACUAGGCCUCAUUUUUUGAUCUGGCCUAUUUUGCCUCUAUUAUGUAUCCUCAGUUAAUACAUGCAUAGACACCUGGAAUUCAUGAUGGUUUAUUAUAACAACCUCUGCAUAUUCCAGUCCUGGCUGACAGGUUGUCUGACCUUGCAAUCCUGUCUAGAAGGGGCUCAUUCUUGUCAUAUUUGCCAAGUAUGACUGCUUACAUUUAUUACUGUGAAGGUAGAUUGUUGGAAGUGUUUUUCUUGAUGUCAUAGAUAGCAAUUUUCAAAUAAUCAUUUUUUUCCUCUAAAAAUGUUAGUGCAUGCUUGCCCAAUAAAUAAUUUUUAGAGAAACCAAGGCUCUGUCUCAGCACAUAGAUGGGUAACUUGCAUAACAGCAGUUUGAAAAGUCUAUCAUGUACAGUACAAACAGAAGCUCUUUGCCAAUGAUAGGUGCAAAGAACAUUGGCAAAAGGUGCUUUACCUUGAGCCAUUAUUUGUGUCAGAGAACAAAAGAAACAUAAUCAAUAUAUAAUAUUUAAAGACUAUCUGCAGCUAGUGUGUUUCUUCUUUACACAUGUAUAUACACAGAGGCUGAGGCAGGAGAAUUGUUUGAAUCUAGGAGGCAGAGGUUGCAGUGAGCUGAGAUUGUACCACUGCACUCCUGCUUGGGUGACAGAGUGAGACUCUUUUUAUCAAAAGAAAAUUCUGUUGAUAGCAGGUUGAUUAAAUUUGUAAGACAGCAUAUUCCAAAGCCUGUGCUACCAGUACCAAGAGGGGGAGAUUGUUUGAGACUUUUUCUUGCUUGUUUGUAUAAUUCAACCAAAAGAAUUUCAAUACUCUUUCAAAUUGUCCUAAGUCUAUCAGAAAUUAGGGUAGGUAGUCCUGCUUUAUAAUAGGGAAAUUCAUUUCUGUAUGAGUUCUUUGCUUUAAUUAACUUGGAUCCAUUUAAAAGUUAUUCCUCCCUGUUAGGCUGAUUUCAGAUUCUCUAGGAAAUCUGUGUAAUUCAAUGAGACUUAAAUUAUUACACUCAUAAAUAUCUGCUUUUGAUUGGUCAUUUACAUUGGAAGUCAUUGUUAACUUUUAGUGAGUUUUGGUAAAUUCCCAUCAGUAAAUUAAAAGGAAUUAGGCAAACAGCCUCACUGAAGAUCUAAAGGCAGUAUUUUUUCAGUAAGUUUAAAGAAGAGAAACACAAACAUAUUGGCACAUGAUAUUCUUAAGGCUAGUAAAUAAUUAAUAAAACAAAUUUAGGUUAUUCUCAUUUAUAGAGCAUAUAGUAGAUGUUCGACAAAUACUUUCCAGGUUGAAUUACAGACAAGAGUUCCUUGGUCUGUAAAUUCUGUAAAAAUAAACACAGGGUCUUAAAGUUCUGUUCAGUUUUAAUUUAAACUGAUGGUUAUGGUUAUUGUGGUAUAUAUGAGUGGAUGUAUGUAUAUACAUGUGUGAAUAUGUGUGUGAUAUAUAUUUCUAUUGCACAUAUGCUUUAAAAAAGCUGUUGCAAUUAGUGAGUGUUAUUACAUUACAUAAAUGCUCUCAUUUGUUUCAAGAAAUCUUAAAGCUCAGAAGACCUUUCAGAUGGUUUAUUUGCUUUCAGAGGAGAUAUUUAUUUCAUACAAUUAUAUAAUAGUAUUGAUGUCAUGUGAACAGAGAUGUAAGGAAUCAUUUUCUAUCCUUCCUCAUCAUGCUAGGUCCCAUGCUUCAGUGAAUCUUUCCGUGUAUUUGGACUGGGGAGAGUCAUGGAGAGGAAACUCUCAUUCAGGGGCUCCAGGCCCCUUCUCCUUGAGGCUUCUAAAUAAAUGGCAGAAUUCUUGUUCUAUUGCCAUGAUGUCACCCUGGCCAUGUUCACUGCCUUGAAAAGAUCUUGCAACAUGACCAUGUGUGAGAAUGUAUGAGUGUGCAAGGCUCUGAGGAGUAAGAGAGGAAUGUGUGUAUCCUAGGAGGAUUAUCUAUGUUAUCUGAGCAUAGGUUUGGGCAGCCAAAUUGGUCUUAAAAAUGAUGUUAAACCCAAGAUGUAGACAUCAAAAAUUGAAAAGAAAAAAAGCAUGUGUGUUUUCAUUGUUUUAAGUUUUUCUUCUGAGGAAAAGAAAAUUAAAUUAAAAAUGCAACACUGUGCAUAUCUGACUUCAGACUUUUAUUUCUGUUAUUAGAUGUGUUGCAUGUAGCUUUGCAAUUUACUGUAUGAUGAAUAAUAGACUGGGACAUCUACCAAUAACUUUCAUACAAAUGUUCAAAAUAGAAGUAUAUUUGUUCAGGUUUCUGGAAGGAAAUAAAUAGUAAAAUAAAUAGUACAAAUAGUUUCAAUAAAUUUACCAAUUUGAGUGUUUUUGGUUCUAUUUCAAAACUCAUAACUAAUCUUCAGAGUAACUGAAUUUCCCCUUGAACUGGGUAAGGCAUUAUCCAAACAACUUUACAUACUAUUUAAACAUGAUUUCUGGGUAAUUUUAUUACUCUGGGCAAAUAACGUAAACAUGUCAGGAUUUUUACAAGUCCUAGCGAUUUUUUUUUUUUAAAGAUGAGAUCAAAGCCAAAACAUCACACAUAGGUUUUUCUGACUAUGAAUACAAAGACAGAGAAUGCUAAUUCACAGUUAGCUCCGGGUACAUCUAGAUAUCAGAACUUUUACUGAUGGAUUCAAGUAGGGUGAUAGAAAUGUGCCCUUAAUUUUUUUUUCUAGAGGCAGAAAGUUGCUUCUAAUUAUAUACAUAGCUCAAGUGAAAAAUACCUGAAAGAUGAUACACACAUGCAUAGAUAUAUUUGUGUUAUGUGAUAAAUGGUCUUGUUUGCACACUUCUGGACUUGAGAAGUCUGCAUUUGUUUUGCACCUACUCUGAGUUUAGAACACAAAUAAGAGGCCUUGUUAAAUACACAGUGAACUUUUUUGUGAAACUGUUGCUAGCUUCACCUGUAUGCCAUUAUUGCUCCAAAUUAAAUAACUGUUUAGGGUCAGAAUAUAAACGCUGGAAUAUACCUUUUAUUACUGCUUAAUCUAGGAGUCAAAGGUUUUACCACCUGGUAAAUAAUGUUGGACUUCAACUUGUUACUGACACAUUUUAAUAGUAGAUGAAAUCCGUUUUUCUUUGUUAUGUGAAUAAAUGUACAUUGUGCUCUUCAGACUUGUUGGAUUGUAUAGAGAUUAAAUAGUGAUAUGUAUAUUUUGCUGUUUGCUUUGCAUUGCAACUCAUGUAAUUUCAGUGCUUUGACUAGCUUAAAACUUCAAACAAGUAAUUUUACAAUAAAGUUGGACUAAUGUU